AAAUCAACUCGCUUACCGUAGGCACGUCGCGAUGUGACGUCGCAACGGCGCGUGUGACUUGCGAAAUGGAGAAAGGAGCAGUUCUUACAAAACAAGCCUCAUUAUCGGAGCAUUUUGGGCUUAAAUAAAACCAAAACAUCAACUAGCAACAACACAUCGACACCUUCGGACUGGAAACUACAACAGCAGCCGACAUAAACCUCAUGAAAUGAAGCACUCGGUAGGAUGAUCAGCAAUCAAGAAGAAGAUGAGUUUGUCGCGGUCCGGGUCCAAGAUCCCCGCACGCAGAACGAAGGCUCCUGGAAUUCUUAUGUGGAUUAUAAAAUAUUCCUACAUACCAACAGCAAAGCCUUCACGGCCAAGACGUCGUGCGUGCGUCGGCGUUACAGCGAGUUCGUCUGGCUCAGGAAGAAGCUCCAGAAGAACGCUGGCUUGGUGCCAGUCCCUGAACUUCCAGGAAAGUCCUUCUUCUCCUUCAGCAAUGAGGAUUUCCUGGAGAGAAGAAGGAAAGGACUUCAGGCCUUUUUGGACAAUGUGGUGAGCAUGACGGUCUGUCUGUCAGACAGCCAGCUCCACCUCUUCCUGCAGACCCAGCUGCCAGUAGGUCACAUCCAGGACUGCGUGCAGGGCCACACGCCCUACUCUGUGACGGACGCCAUCCUCACCUACGCCUCGUCCAAUCGGGGCUUUGCUCAGGCUCAAGAGGACGAUUCCAUCAAGGAGCCAAGUUUGACUGUUUCUUACGAGUCCAUGGAGAGCCCAGCUCCUCAUCAACCUAAAGAGAUCUUCAGCCCUGAGCUUUUGUCCUGUGAUGACUCGGACCCUCUUGAAGGUUUACUGGAGGUCUGUGAUAAGCUCACAGUUGAGUUACCCAACAAGAAGAAAUCCUCAGUAAGGGUCCGUCAGAAAAACAAUCAUCUAGAGGCCGUUGUUGAGGACCCUAGCCCGACAGAGGUGACAUUUUUUGUGGGUGAAAGCCAAGAUGUUGCUGAGAGUCUCGGCCCUGCAGAACAGACUCCGCAGAGAUGCUGUCAGAUACAAACACCAGUGGAGGUGCACUCGCCCAUGGGGACCGACUUUGAGGAGAACAGGAUGGACAGCUUGUUCGAGGGGUGUUCAGUAAGAGAGGAGAGCGUUACGACAUUAGAUACAGAAGAAAAAACUGUUCCUCUUCCAGACACAGAGAAAAAGGCUGAUCAGUGGGAAGGUUCGGCGGAGCCAAAGAUGGAAAAGGUUUUAGAAAAGCUUGUAAUCUCUGAAGUUAGUGCUAUCGACGUGUUUGAGACCACUGGGGUUCAUGGUGAAGAUGUCAGCCGCCCAGAGGGGUUUAAGAAUUUAGACGAACACAAAGAGCCAGACAACAACAAAAGUGAUGAAUCGGAGAGCGAAGAGGAGACGCCACUUCAGUCAGAAAUCCAUGAAGACACUAACAAUGUGCACAGUGUCCCGGAGGUGCAAAGCAGUGCCGAUGACGCCGUUCAACAAGUGGACCAAGUCGAACAGGAAGAGGAUCUGGUUAGGACCAAAGAGGACAGCGACGAGGAGAGCCACUCAAUUUGCAAUGAGAGCAUCAUCAAAGUCAGCGAUGAAGAAAGCGUUUGUGAAGAGGCUGAGGACUCAAUCCAGGCUGCGAAUGGUUACAUAAGGACGUCCCCUGAGGACGUCCCCCACUGGUCACAUGUAGAUGCCUCUACUAGAAACAUUUUGGACCUACACAUGAAUGGACUCCCUUUGGGAGAAGAGGAAAUGCAAUACAUUGACAACAAAAGUGAGUUGAAACAAUUUCUGGAUUUGAACUCGACUGUAACUGGUGUCGAUUUGACUGAAAAUAGUGACUUCAGCAUCUUAGAGAGCAGCAGCGCGCCUGGAUUAGCUCGAGGUAACUGCAUGGAGCAGGAAACCUUGUCCUCGCGGUCUUUGGACGCCUCAGAGGGGACUCACGAGGUGGCGGUGCAUUGCUUAGACAGCUGAAUGACACAACAGGGGGGGGGGGGUGCACGCUCACAGAGUCAGAGAAAGGGAUUAUGGGAAUUGUUGUCCGCCAAAGACACAUUGGAUCAAACACACAUGCAUAAAACAUCUGCUCAUUAUACACACCAUUGUCACAUUGUAGUUGAUCCGGGCUGUCACACGUGUUAUAGGUUUAACUCACUUUUAUUAGUGUUUAAUUUUAAAAUGUGCAUCUUCAUUUACACUCAAGAAUACUAAAUAUUGAAACUGUUUUUCUCCUCUGUUGUUGAGGAUUUGCUUUUUGGGAACAGCAGAGGGAGCUCAAGGUAAAAGCAUACAAGCAUCUUAGGGUUGAAGCUUUUGUUGUUUGGUAAACAUAAAUUGUGAUUUUACGUACGUUCAUUUUAACUUUAAUGUGAUUGCUCUGAAAUGUAGUCAUGUUAUGUUUUAUUCCAGAGAUAAAUAGCAGAAAUAUACACUUGAAUUAAACCUUUUUUUCAAGUGUGUGUAUUAACACUCAAAUCUGUGUGCACUUUUAAAGAGUUUGUGUUUGCUGUUAUUGAGCCUGUU